GUCAGGAAUAAGGGAAGUUGUGUCUGUGGCUGCACAAAGGCUGAAGGCGGUGUUUUGUAUUUUUGUGAGCGACAUAAGCUCGGCAAGAUGACGACUGAAAUCCAGAGGUUGAGUGACCACAACACAAGGAACCUCAGCCAGAACGGCCAUGUGGGAUUUGACAGUCUGCCUGACCAGCUGGUGAACAAGUCUGUGAGUCAAGGCUUCUGCUUCAACAUCCUCUGUCUGGGUGAGACUGGUGUGGGCAAGUCCACAUUGAUGGACACAUUGUUUAAUACCAAAUUUGACUCCACUCCAAGUUCACAUGACCUUCCUGGGGUCAAACUCAGGGCAAACACCUAUGAGUUACAGGAGAGUAAUGUACGCCUCAAGCUGACCAUAGUGGACUCUGUGGGAUUUGGGGAUCAGAUUAACAAGGAAGAUAGCUGGAAAUCUCUAGUGGAUUACACAGAUGCCCAGUUUGAGGCCUACCUCCAAGAAGAGCUCAAGAUCAAAAGAUCUCUCCACAACUUCCAUGAUACUCGCAUCCAUGCUUGUCUUUACUUCAUUGCACCCACUGGACACUCACUGAAAGCCUUGGACUUGGUAACAAUGAAGAAGUUAGACAGUAAAGUUAACAUCAUACCAGUCAUUGCCAAAGCUGAUACCAUCACCAAAACAGAACUCCACAAGUUUAAACUAAAGGUGAUGAGUGAGCUAGUGAAUAACGGUGUUCACAUCUACCAGUUUCCCACAGACGACGAGACUGUCGCUGAGCUCAAUGGAACUAUGAAUGCUCACCUGCCAUUUGCCGUCGUUGGCAGUGAUGAGGAAGUGAAGAUUGGCAACAAGAUGGUCAAGGCGCGGCAGUACCCCUGGGGAACAGUACAAGUGGAAAAUGAAAAUCACUGUGACUUUGUCAAGCUCAGGGAAAUGUUGAUUCGUACAAAUAUGGAAGACUUAAGGGAGACAACUCACAGUCGCCAUUAUGAACUGUACCGGCGCAAUAAGCUGGAAAACAUGGGCUUUACUGACAGCGAGUCUCAGAGUUUAUCAGAGGUGUAUGACAGAAAGCGUACAGAGCACUUAGCUGAGCUGCAGAAGAAAGAGGAAGAAAUGAGGCAGACAUUUGUCAUUCGGGUGAAGGAGACUGAAGGCGAGCUCAAAGAUGCAGAGAAAGAGUUGCACACUAGAUUCGAUUCUCUGAAGAAGCAGCAUGCUGAUGAGAAAAAGAAAUUGGAUGACAGAAAGAAGACUUUAGAGGACCAAAUCAACGAGUUCAACAAGCGGAAGGCGGCUGUACUUGCUCAGGCUCAGUCCCAACAGUCAACACUCAAGGGCAAGAAGAAAUAGAGGGGUGCUUUAGCUAGAAGGAGGGAGGGUGGGGCAGGGAGUGGACCACACACAGUGAGUGAUGGUCUACUGACUAGCACCGGCCUGCUUACAGCAUGGAUCUUUCCCCUGAACGGGACCAUUUCACUCACUAUGUGCCAAAGUUCUCUUCCACUCAGACCUGGUGUUACAAGGGGGAGAUAACCAGGUUUUGACAUUUUGUAUCUGUUGUAUUACACCUCCCUCAUGUCAGGUGAAACACACUCUCUCUCAGGACUUGAGCAGCAAAUGUCAUUUUUUUUUUCAUUAGUAUUUUUAAUGAAAUUGUUCCUUUUUUUCAGAUCUGAUGAAUUGCUACUUUAUUAGUCUGGUCACUGGUCAAAAAUCAACCGCUUUUAUUAACCCGUGUGAUUUCAUCAAGCUCCCUGAGGCUCAAAACAGCCAAUUUUUUUUCUUUUCUGGCACUAUGGCUGAACUUUAAGAAAAUUAAGAAAGAUAAUUAAGAUUUAAUUGUUUGAUCAUCCAAUAAAUUGUUUUAAAUUAAAAAUUAAUUUUUCACCAUGGAUUUCAACGAAAUCAUUGUAUACUGGAAAUCUUUAAUAAAUAAUCUGUAUAAAGCAUCAUGGCUACUAGCUAAGUUUUUCAGAAUACUUUCCUGAGUAGACGACUAUGGAAUAUUAAAUACUCUUCCACUGAAGAAAUUUUUCAAGCAGUGCCGAUCUGACAUUAGGUGAUAUCUGAAAAAAUUUUUAGGAGUUUACAUGUUUUCUAUAUUCCAGAAAGCCAUUUAGUGACUCAGAUCAAAAAAAUAUUUUUUUAUGUUUUGGGAAGGGGGUGGGUUGGGGGUGUAAUAAUUAAAAUUUUGGCCACUCAUAUAUGUUGUCUGAAGGCAUUGCUGAGUCAAAAAGUUAACUUCCACAACUUAAAAGAAGCAUUAUGGCCAGAUUUUAAGUUUUGACAUGCCAUAAAUGGCUUUGUGAAAUCAGUCCCAAGCCUUGGUUCACUAGAAGUUAUGAAACAAGGCCUACAGUGCAUGGUACAUUGUGGCAGAAGUGGUCACAUGAACUUAUCACUGGCAUUGGUAACAUACCUUACUGUACUCAUUAUCUUCCUUUGUCAGACCAACAGCGCUGGUCACAUUACGUCGCUCUAUACAUAUUUAUCCCGUUAAUUUAUGUAGCUUUGUAGACUAGUCGAUACAAGUAAAGCUUAACUUGUUUGUUGUUUGUUUCCGUGCAAUAUGUCAUGGUCAUUUGUUAAUGUUAGUAUGUCAUUUAGCAUGCAAUCAAUGUUAUGUUUAGUAACAUAAAGUGCAAAUAGUACGCAUUUAUGAUUAUCUGCAGUCAGUGACAUCAUGCUUUGUUGAGUAUCCCCAUUGUGUGGCAGUGGAACGGUGGAUCUGUCUUCUCAGUAAGCAUUUCUUGUUCACAAUUACAGCUUUACUUUUAGGUGACCAUCCCCCCAAUGCAUGAAUCUUUAUCCUUGUGGUUAUCAUCUGUGGCAAAUAAAACAGCUUUAUACUUUUGUAUCCCA